AUGGAAUCUUCUUCGAAGUCAUCGCCUUCUAAGCGCCGCCGAUCUGUAUCAGUCAGGCGUCCUGUCAAGGACCGCCAUAAGAAAGUGGAGGGCAGAGGCCGACGGGUUAGGGUUCCGGCCAUCUGCGCUGCUAGGAUUUUUCAGCUCACCAGGGAACUUAAACUUCGUACAGACGGCCAAACCAUUGCCUGGCUUCUCUCCCACGUGACUUCUGCUGCCGUGGAAGCCCAUAUUGCCCGCUCCAAAGAGGCCACUGUUGCUCCUCAUGGGACCACCGCAGGUGCCGCUGUAAAUGGUGUUUCUGCAGUCCCUGCCGUUCCUGUUGUCCCUCCAGUUCCUGCCGCUGUGAUUGACCCUGUCCCUUUGAUGGCUCCGCCGGCUGGAUUGGGACAGGUGUCGAGUUCCUGUAAUGCGAUCCCCGCAUCAGGGACUAUCGGCCUGGAGUGCCUGGGAGGGUUUAUGGCGGGGGUCAUGGCGGAUGAUGGAUGUGAACUUGAGCUGUUUCCGAGGGCAUAUGUGAACAUGCCGUUCACUUCUCUGUUGAUGGAAUCCUCCAGGGUUGAGGAUAAUGAUUUCUUCUUUUAG